AUGAAUUAUGAUUCUAAAAGAAUAGAGACAAACUAUUCCCCUUACUUUGAAUAGGUUUCUCUUAAUAAAUUAAAAAGAGAUGAAUAUCAUAGUCUUUAAAGAAUACAUGAUAAUAAUAGAAAAAACAAAUUAUUAUUACCAUCUAUUGAAAAUAGUACACUUGAAGAUAUUUCAAUGCAUUUUAGUAAAUGUGUAAAUUCUAGUAAAUCUCCUGAAAAAAAAGUAGAUAAACUUUAAGUUAACAAAUACUAAUUGGAAUUUAUCUAACAAAGUUUUUUGGAAUUAGAAUAAACUAAAAUGUCAAUAACAAUGAGAGAUAUGAAUAAUGUGAGGAAUAAAUUUAAUUGUCAUUAAAGAAUAAUAGCAAAUAAAGAAUUAUAUACUGUCAGAAAUCUUGAAAAAUAAAUGGGUAGUAAUUAAGAAGAUUAUUCUAAUGUAAUGUACCUUUAAUAAAUACCACCUUAAACUAAAAACAAAUAAGAAACUAACAUGGCUUUUUUUGAAGAAACUUUAAAUGCUUAUUCAUAUGCAAUUCCUAGUAGAAGAGAAUCAGCAUAAAUAGCUGUUAUUAGAGAUAAAGUAUAUGUUUUUGGAGGUAUGAGUGGAGCUGGUUUAAGUAGUGAUUUAUGGUCUUAUGAUAUAAGUAAUAUAUAUAUAGAUUUAUCAAUUUAGAAAAAUAAGAAUGGCAAUUACAUUAAUCAGAUAUCAAUUUGAAAGUUACUAAUCAUUCUAUGAUUGCAUGGAAACAUAUGUUAAUUAUUUUUGGUGGUAGUGGUUAUUAUGAUCAUAAAAUGAAAAUAAGAUAAGUUUAUUCAACUUUAGCUUAUUUUAAUACUUAAACUAAUUAAUGGUCAAUAACAUUAGAAUCUAUAGAACCUAGAAGAGAACAUAAAGCUGUUUUAUAUUUGGGAAAAUAUAUGAUUAUAACAGGUGGCAUAGAUUCAGGUGAAUAAUUAUUAAAUGAUACACUUAUGUAUUCUUUGGAUUCAAGAAGAUGGCUAGGAUCUAAAAUAUAUUUUGAUGAAGGAAUAGCUUAACAUGCUAUUUGUGAAGCCUUUGAUUUUAAGAGAAAUGUAGAUACAAUCUAUUUAUUUGGUGGUAAAACUAAAUCUUUGGGUUCAUUUCCUUUAAUGAGAUUGGUUUUCUCUGGAUAAGCUCCCUAGAGUUGGGAGAGAGUCUAAGGAACUGGAGUAUCACCUUAAGGAAGAUAUAAUCAUACAAUGGAAUGUUUAAAUGAUAGUUUAAUUUUGAUAGGGGGUAGAUCAUAAGCAAUAUAAGAGUAUUAAAAUGAAAUAUUGGUAUUUAAUUUGAUUUUAAGUUAAUGGAUUUAAGUAAAACGAUAAGGUUUAAUGACAAAAAGAUGGAGUCAUUGUAGUUGUAUAUUUGCUUCAAAUAUCUUCUGUUUUGGAGGCAUAGGAGAAGUGACUUAUCUACCUCCAGUUGUAUUUUCAAUUGAAACAGAUUAAUUCAAAAUAAAAAAUAAAAUGGUUAUUAUAAAAAGAUUAUCAACUAUAGCUGAAGAUAUGAAAAAAUAGAAUCAAGAAUAUAAAUAGAUUAAAAGAACAUGUAGAUUAGAAAAAUUUAGAAAAGCAGAAAAGUUGUAUGAAAAAGUAACAACAUUUUUGCCAUUACCAAAGAUGAGAACUCCAAAAAUGAGAUAUGAUAUUUGGAUGUAAUUUAUACGUAAAAUCUUACAUUCUUUGAACUUAAUUUUCUGA